AUGCGCCACAUCAGCUGCCUCCUCUCGGGACUCCUCUUCAUCCUCAGCACGACGAGCACAGACGGCUUUGCCCGGGCAGGCCGCAGGGUCUGUGCCGCGGUGCCGCAGAGCCGGGCGGCCGCUUACGCCGAGUCCCACGUCCAGCCCGUCUACCAGCCCUACCUCACCACCUGCCAGGACCACCGCCUCUGCAGCACCUACAGCCCCAUCCUUUUUGACAGGGUUCCCUACCGGCAGGCGUACAGGCGGCUGCCCCAGCCCUCGGCCUCGUGCUGUCCCGGCUGGAGCAGAGCCGGCAGCCACGCACUCGGCUGCAACAGAGCUCUCUGCUGGGUGCCGUGCCAGAACGGUGGGAGCUGCAUCUUCCCCAACAGAUGUGCCUGCCCACCCGGCUGGAUGGGGCAAGCCUGCCAGACAGACGUGGAUGAGUGUGCCGGCCAGGGCCACGGGUGCAGUCACCUCUGCGUCAACACGGCCGAGAGAUACCGCUGCGCCUGCCGGACCGGCUUUACCACCUUCCACUUCACCUCGGACAAUGGGCUUUUAUUCACUGACCUUCUCUUGGUCACUUUUUCAGGUCCCCCCAGUGAAAUGAAGGAAGAAAUGAAAGCCCUGAAGAGCAGAGUGGAAGCGCUGGAGCAGGACACGCUCACGGCUCCCAAACUCCAGUUGGUGCUAGCCCCCUUCCACAACCUCAUGCCAUCUGCGCCGGAGGACGUCGGCACAGACCCCAUCAGCCGGCUCUCCCACUCCCUCCAGCAACUGGACAGAAUCGACUCCCUGAGCGAGCAGAUCUCUUUCCUUGAGGAGCGGCUGGAGACGUGUUCCUGCAAGAAUGAACUCUAGCCGAGCGCCCGAGGAACUGGAGCAAGCCGAGUGCAUCCGUAGCUCUUAUCUCACUGUCCAGCCCCAGGCUGGGGACAAAGCCACAUCAUCUACAGGAAGGCAGAGGGUAGCAGGAGAAGGCUGGUUUCCCAUCAGCAUCUCCAUCGUUUUCUCUUCCAGCUCACCUUAUCAAAGGUCAUGCAGUUACUUCCAAACUGGACUCCAAGCCCUCAGCAUCUCACCCUCUUCCUGCUGGAGAGGCAGAAAAUAAAUGCCUUACCUCGUGCCAUUAGUGCCUGUCUGGCUGUGCCAGAGACUGGCCGUACG